AUGAAUCUGAUCUUCACAACCCUUUUCGUCGGCCUGGUUCAAGCUGGGUUCUCUCAUCAUCAGCGCACGUCGUAUUACCCCCACCAUAGUCCAAACUACGAGUAUCCGUUUCCUUUGGAAGACGAAGUACCCGACUUCGGCGACGAUAAUAAUGUGGAUUGCGUAGUCAGCGAGUGGAUCGAAUGGUCGCAAUGUUCAGCUUCAUGUACUCCAGGCGGGGUUCAGAAUCGCCGCCGGUUCGUGACAGUAGAACAGGAAGGUCUUGGAGCGCAAUGCCCGCAUCUUAAAGAAGAUCGAAAGUGCAACGCCAACGUU